AUGAAAUUCAUAGAAAUUGGCAGGGAGGUGGCCAUGCGUAGGCUGGAUCAGAGAGACCACAGGGCAGUGGUGACUGGAAUCAUCGACAACAAGUUCAUUGUGGUACAGAAGCAGGACAGGAGCAAUGAGGUGAUUCGAGUUGAUGACAUUGUUCUAUGUGAUAGGGUCUAUGAAGUGGAUGGGCUGGAGGCAGCUGGGUUCUACAACGAGGAGAAGAAGGAGGAGCUGAAUGACUUCGAGAGGUACAAGAGGAACUUGACAGUGAGCAUAACAGAGGAACUGCUCAGAAAAUCAGAAUAA